GCAGCACGGGUUAUCACCACCAUCAUAGUCAGCGUCUCAUCCCCCACCAAGGUGUCACUCCAGGCAGCUAACAGUCAGUCUUAUCCCGCGUUUAAUUGAACCAUUUUGAUACACAUUUCUGCGCGACAUCUCGGGACUGCUGGGGCCAUGAAGGGAAUCAGGUUUUUCGUGGUUUUCUUGGUGCUUUCCGCGUUUCUGUCGUGCACAGCCGAAGCGGCCAGGAGCAGGACCAGCAACCAGAACAGCUUCCGACGGGCAGCUAACGGCAUCUACCAGACCCUGAGCAGUGUCUUCGGAGAGGACAACAUCAGAGGGUUGUACAAGUUUUUCUCCAAAACGACGGAGCGGUUUGUCCAUGGCGUGGACUCUUUUCUGGACACCAUCUGGAAGAUCUGGUCAGAUUUGCUGGAUGUGAUGGGCAUUGACUCCUCAAACCUCAGCCACUACUUCAGCGCCACAUCUCUCACCAACUCUCCGGCACGCGCCCUGCUCCUGGUGGCCGCCGUGCUUGUGGCCUACUGGUUCCUCUCCAUGUUCCUGGGGGGUUUCUUUUACCUGCUGCACGCUGUGUUCGGCCGCUUCUUCUGGCUAGCGCGCGUCACACUCUUCGCUCUGUCCUGCCUCUACAUCCUGCAGAAGUUCGAGGGUGACCCGGAGCGCGCGGUGCUGCCACUUUGCUUUAUCAUGGCGGUGUACUUCAUGACGGGGCCCGUGGGAGCGUACUGGCGUCGGGGAGGCGGUGCAGGUUCACUGGAAGAGAAGAUCGACCACCUGGACACUCAGAUCAGGUUGCUUAACAUCAGGCUGAGCCGCGUCAUAGACGGCCUGGAACGCACUGGGGACCAGUAGGUAGCAGCGAGGAUGAUGGGGAGGGAGGGGAUAUCGUACAACCAGCUGCAGCUGAUGGCAGAAUGCUGUUUCCAGUACACAUCUGCAGCAACACAACUACUGGGUAUUUACUAUUAUCAGAUGGGAGACAAACUAGAUUUGAAAUCAGUAUUUUAAUGGCUUGAGUUUAUUUUAGUUACAGGAUACCUAAAAAAUCCUCAGAGGUCGGACAGUUCACUCGGAGCUAACACAAAUCAACCAAACACUUUUUCUGUUUGUUUUUCGAGGCUUUGAUCGAAAGCUUUUUGCUACAUUUGUGAGGAAGUUAUCAGAGGGAUGUCUACUUUUUUUCUAAAUGCUGGCCUAAUUCUACACCUCAGCUAUUUUUGAGAAAUUCCCAAGCUGAGGUUUGAAUUUUUGAGGUUUGGAUAAGCAUCAUCAAUGCUUUUGCUAAAUGAAUAAUCAUAUUUUAUGUAUGUUUGUUUGUUUCUAUCCUUGUGAAUAGCCUGGGGGUUACGAUUCUUACACAGGUUUGUCCACAAACAUGUAUUCCCCUUUUUGAACCUACUGAAGGUUUGGGUUGGGUUCGGGUGUAUGAUGCAGGGGCCCGAUAUAAACAUUGUAUUUCUAAUAUGUAAAAAAAAAAAAAAAAAAAAAAAAUCCUCAAGAUGUUGGAUAGUUGUUCAUAGUAAGAUUUAUUUAUUCCAUUUUCCAUCCAAAAUGUUGAAAUCAUGUAGUCCUAGUUUGUUUCAUGAAGUCACCGUCCCAUAAUGGCAAUAGUUUGACAUCAGGACCUCUUUUUCAUUGUGUGUGUUUUUGUGUAUGGGUGCAUGAGCAGAUGAACCUGGGUGACCUACUCAAAGGUGUGUACAAAUGCAUUAUUGUUUUGUGUGUGUGUGUGUGUGUGUGUGUGUGUGUGUGUGUGUGUGUGUUUCAAGCUUGUGAAAUGGAAAAGCACUGUAUCAAAAAGUCACCAUCAGAGUAGGAGAAAAUGCAGACAGGCAGCAAUAUCUCAGGGACUCAACCUACACACAUAGAAUUGGAAAAGAGAUAUCAAGUAUAUUAAAAUCAUGUCUUGGUCUCUUUGAGCCACUUUACAGCUUUUCCGAUAUGGUUUUAAAUCUGUCUCAGUAUCUUACAACACUUAUUGAUAAAUGGGUGCACAGUUUGUGUUCUUGCAUCAUGUUGAAAAGUUAAAUGUCUUAUGUCAUGACCAAAUCCAGCUUUUUGAUACUAGCAUGGAAUAAGUGUAGGGAUUAGAACUGCAGCUUUGGAAAGCAUUGUUAAUACUUACUGUACAUGUGUGAACGCACAAGCAAAUUAUCCACAAAAAUGCUUUAGAAAAAAAAUACUCAAGUUGUUGUAAGUCACACUGGUUUGAAGCAUGUCUUAAUACAUCUUUUUGGGUGAGGAUUUUUAGCAUAAACUGGAUCAAUUUCUCAACUUGAUUACACAUUAAAUUAGGGCUAGUGCCUUUGAUGCUGUGGCAAAAAUACAAGCUUGUACUGUAAAACCCCAUUUAGCUCUGUGUUGGAAAAUUUAAAGCUGUGCGAUAUUUUAAAUUGCUUCAUGUUAAUAUGUGAUAAAAGCUCUCACCACAGAUCUACAACCAGCCUGAUUGAUACAUACAGUAUGUCUUAUUAAAGCUGUGUUUUACA